GUGAGAAGGCAUACUGCAAUGUAUGCGGGAAGAGAGGCCACCUGGCAGUGACGUGCUGGAAGAGCCCCAGGACUGGCCAAAAAGUUUCCCGCCGAGUACAUUGGUGUGAGGAGCCCGCUGGAAGCUCCGACAGUGAAGAGGAACUAGUGACUCAGAGCGUGAACAAAGUAGCUGUGUCACGACUUAUCCACUGUCGUCGAGCUAGGCCGCGGAAGGUGACGCGGAACGGUGUGAGGCGAGUGGAGGACAGCCCGGAAACUGGACAAGGCAGUCCCAUCGCAUCGGCAGUCCGAUGGGAAACAGGCACCAGAAAUGUGGAGUGCCGGAAUGGAGAGGUGGUAGCCGCUGAUAUGGUUGGAGAUGUUGAAGUGGACCGGUGGUCUUGCGAGCCACCGAGAAUGCUGGAGAUGGAAGUGAAUGGGAACAAGAUCCCAUUCGAGCUAGAUACCAGUGCAUCUCUUUCCAUUAUUGACGAGAAGACAUGGAAUAGUGGGAUGGUUCACAAGGUUAAACAAAUGCCCAAUAUAGAAAUCAAAAGAGAAAUUGUGCAUAUGCUGGACAACAACAAGAGGUUGUUCCAAGAUGAUUUGGGCAAGUGCUCGGCUGCACGAGCAAAGUUGAAGUUUNAAGAUGAACUAGUAGUGCCUAAGUUUUUCAGAGCUAGGGCAAUACCUAUUGCGUUGGGCCCCGUCGGGACCACAAGUGGCGGCGCAGAAGAAGCCGAGGCGUCGUCCGCAGCGCCGUGGCAGGGUGCUGUGAUCGGCGCUGAAGGGCAUACAGCGGGACCUCCGGAGAAGAAGUUACAGCCGAUCUUCAAGAAGAGAAGUAAGAAGCCGCAGCAGCCAGUCAAGAAGACGUUCGAGGAGUUACAGUCGAUCGCUAAGAAGACAAGCAAGAAGCCGCAGUCGGUCAGUGCGGCGACGAUCGCGAAGCGCGGAUCCGAGCCGUGA